AUGGACGAAGCGUACGCCAAAAGUCUAGUAGACGUCUGGCACCGCGCUGGAGGGGCCGGUUGCGUGACGACCACCGAGCUCCCGGAGUUCAAGCCACCGAAGCUAGGUCUGAAAAGUCUCGGGGAUCUCGUGGUGCUAUUCGACAAGGAGCAAGAGUUUGACGAGAACCAGGAAGAAGAUUCGGAAGAUGAGAAGCUCAUGGCUUGCCACCUUGAUCGCUGUGAUCUCGAACAACAGGCUUGGGCAAACGUUUUGGCGCACAGUAUGGACCAAUACGAGAAGUGGACAACUCUGAUUGGAAACGGACGUUUCAACGGCCGUGUGGACUGGGAGGCUACAAGCGUCCAAUGCACAUGUGUUUGCAACUAG